AUGACUGCCAUUCAGCACUCUUCGCUGCCAUCACCACCUUCAAAUCCAUUUCUCAAUCCGCUUUCCUCAGACUUUGCAGCUUUUAGUGCAUUGAAUCCUUCCCACUGGCUGCAAGACAUUGAACCCGAAGCCGACUGUGAAUUUUUUGAUUACAUGCCUCUGACAAUUUUGAUUGUUGAAUUCAGUGAUACGGUGUUGAUUGGAUCUUUGUAUCAUUUUAUGAGAGAGCGAUUUUAUACAAGAAUGGUAUAUUUUGUGGAUUCAGUAGAUAUUGAAAGAUUUGAUUCUAUGGAUGGGGAUUCAGAUACCAUAAGGGAAGACAUGCAAAAAUAUCUGGAGAGAGGAAUGACACGAAGGUUAGUAGAUUUAAUUGAUGAUCAUAAAGCCGAAUAUUGGUUCUCGGAUAUAUUCAAGUUGGACCCGUUAAAUAUUGUUAUCAUGGAAAAUCGCGCGUCAGAUCCAAUUUUCCAAAAGGCUGUGGGCGUAGCGAUAACUGAUGUAUUGGAUGGAGAGUGGAAAAUGGCAACGGAAGGAAAAGAAAAAAAGAGAUAUUAUGGGGAAGAGACAGAAAGAUUUGAAUCUGGAAGAUGA